UAAACUGAAAAAGUUUAAAGAUUUUUCACCAAAUUGAGAAAGAACCAGUCUGUCACAGGAAAUAUAAUAGUGUGAGAAAUCUAAUUUAACUUGUUUUAUCAACCCAGCGCUUUGCCUCUGCAAGACAUUGUACGGGGCUAGAGGAAGACCGAGGAUGAAGACUGUGAUUGUGGUGCAUGGUGGCGCGUGGGCCAUCCCGGACUUGUUAGCCGAAGCAUCCAUGGCAGGAGUCAAGAAUGCUGCGUGGGCAGGCGAUGCUGUUCUUAAGAAUGGUGGGAGUGCAAUUGAUGCUGUAGAAAAAGCUGUGAGGUCUUUGGAAGAUGACCCAACUUUUGAUGCAGGUCAUGGUGCAGUGCUGAAUGUUGAUGGAGAGGUGGAGCUGGACAGUAUCAUCAUGGAUGGGGAAACACUUGCCACUGGAGCUGUGGCUUCUGUGAGAAACAUCGCUAACCCUGUUAGUCUUGCUCGUGCUGUAAUGGAAAAGACAGAUCAUGUCAUAUUGACAGAUAGAGGAGCGAGCAUGUUUGCGGAGCGCAUUGGUAUUCCAGUAGCUGAUGAUCUGGUGACUGAUCUGGAACGAAAAGACUGGGAACAAAGCAGUAGCUAUCCAGUCGGGGUUGGAAAAUUAUUCAACACACAAUGGGGCCAUGAUACGGUCGGAGCGGUGGCUCUGGACUCUUUGGGUAAUGUGGCGUGCGCUACAUCCACCGGAGGAAUCAGAAACAAAAUGGUGGGAAGAGUCGGAGAUUCUCCUAUUAUAGGAUCUGGUGGAUAUGCAGACAAUAGAAGUGGCGCGGUCUCCUGUACUGGUCACGGAGAGUCUAUUCUCAAAGUCACCUUAGCCAGAUUAAUCCUCUUUCAUAUGGAGCAAGGGAAAUCAGCCACAGCCGCCGCUGAAGCCUCACUUCAGUACAUGGGAGAGAGAGUGAAGGGAUGCGGAGGAGCUAUUGUUGUGUCCUCUACAGGGGACUGGGCCGCCAGCUUCACCACCCCACGCAUGGCUUGGGCCUCCAUUAAAGAGGACGUCCUGCACUGCGGGUUAAAUCCUAAAGAAGAUUUCACUCAGACGUUGAAAUGAUAACAUUAUACUUUAAUUCUAUUUUCAUUCUUAUUCUGAAUUUCUUAACAUUUUCUGCUAGUUAAUUUAUUUAGCUAGAUUCUAUCAGUUUCCAAUGUGAUUAACUGUAUCCUUUAUCCAUAUCUAAAAGUUAUUGUGCAUCAAUGGUAAUAAGCUGUUUCUCGUAUAAAGAAAGAAAACAAAUACUCCUCUCUGCAGGUUCUGACAAGUUUAACCAACAGUUAAUGAAUGGUGAUUAAUUGAUUUAAAAAAUGUUAAGUGAAAACAUUGUACAUUUGAGUAACUUUAGUAGCUAGAUUACUGUACGUACAAUAAUAACACUUAUGCAGGUUUUGCCUACUGUUUCCUCAGUGAACAAAUAAUAGAAACACAAUAUGGUGUUAAGUGACUAAAUUAAGAAUUCUCAAAGUGUUCUGUUAAGAUUAACAAAUAAUUAAUGAAUAAUGGUAAGUUAUCAUUAGUUAAUGGCAUCGUUGUCUGAAAUGUAUUCACCAAUGAGAUAUGAAUACAUCAUAAACUGUAUACUGUAAGAUAGGAAGACUGAUGGAAAAUAUAACUAAAAUAUACUGUAUAAUGGCAAAUCAGCAUAUUAAUUUAACCAUAUACUGUACAUUUGUUUUCGUUACAUGUGUGGAAUUCAAUAUUAUUAAAGAUGAAUCUUACCA